AUGGCGCUGAGGUGGUGUGCCAAGAUCUUCUGCAGGUUGGCUGCAGCGUGGUUUCCCCUGCUCUUCUCAUCACUGCUAUGGCAAACGAUCUCCCCUGUCCAUGCCGUCCCAUCCUGCCCGCGGAGUUGUACCUGUCCAGGCGUUAAAGAGGUCCACUGUACGUUCAGACACCUCACCACGCUACCAAAAACCUUUCCUAAAGACACACAGAGGCUCAACCUGGGGUACAACAGCCUGACGGAGUUGGAGGGGUCAGAAUUUAGGUCACUACGACAACUGGAAAUGCUCAUGUUGCAUGGCAAUGACAUUAGCACGGUCCACCCUGGAGCGUUUUACAGCUUGAGAUCACUACAGAUCUUGAAACUGAGUUACAACAAGCUAACAUCAGUGAACCCUGGUUUGUUCGAGGGUCUUGUUAGUUUGAUUCGUCUCCAUCUGGACCACAACCUCAUUGACUUUAUAGAGCCAUACACCUUCUCAGGUCUGACCUCCCUAAAACUCCUUCAGCUGGAAGGGAACCUUCUCAAAGAGAUCCACCCUCAUACCUUCAUUACAGUGUCAGUACUAGGAAGCUUUUGGACUUCUGGACUCAAACACUUACACCUGUCGGAUAAUCUGUUGGAGCAGCUCCCUGCCGCAGCACUGAAUACUGCUCCCAGGCUUGAGCUCCUCUCUCUGCAUAAUAAUCCUUGGGCCUGUGACUGUCAGCUUCACUGGCUGAUAGAGUGGGGCUCCACACAUGAAGGGGUAAUAAAGUGUAAGAAGGAACGGGAUCCAGGUUCCAGUGAGACUUGCCCCCAGUGCUUCUCUCCUCAACCUCUGAACGGGACCCUCUUGGAAGGGUUGACUCAAGACAAGCUUACCUGUGAAAGGCCAGCUCUUCGUUCCACCCUAAAACAGUGGGACAAUCCUUUGUGGGCUGAAUCUGAAGCAGAGCCUGACCUCCCAUACACGCGUGACUUUGAAAAGCCUUUAGGCAACCUUAUCUUGGUUCUCUCUGACAGCCAUGGAAACAAUGCUCAUGUGGCAUGUGAUGUGCGCCACCCUGGAGAGAGUUCACCCAUGACUUGGACAGUAAAUCCACAUUCACGCGGGGAGUUAUCUGUCAAUGUAUCACUGGUGACUGUCCUUGAGUGUGAGAUUGAUCGGGAGACGUUGCAAAAUCUAUGGCAAUUGGUUGCAUAUUACUAUGAAAGCCCUGCAAUCUUGGAGAGAGGUCAACAGAGAGGUAACAACAGCAGAGCAACCUAUCAAUAUGCCCAAACUGUGAAUGAAAAUUCCCCAUAUUUCACAGAAUUAAAAGGUUAUUUGGUAGGAGAACCCUCAUGGCUGCUUCAACCCAGAGUCACUUUGAGACUCAAUAGAAAGCAGACAACAACCAAGAAACUGGUAAUGGAUUUCACCACAGUGAUCACCAAGAACAUCAACAGCUAUAGAGGGCAGGAUGACAAUGACCUUACUUCUUCCUGGGCAAUGAUUCGUCGUGGGACAGCAGGACGAAUUCAGACUGCUCUUGAGGGUUCAAAGGUUCAUUUAGAAUGCAGUAUUGUGACUUCAGAUCAGGAGGUGAAAGUAGAGUGGAUGUUUCCUGAUUUGUCAAUUAUGGAAGAUGCAACUGACAAAUUUGAAAUUUCUGAGACAGGGGCGCUUAUAAUUAUGAAUGCCACACAGUCUGAUUCAGGCAUCUACCACUGUAUGAUCAGAACUAAAGCCGGUGUGGAUUUAAUGCCCCUAAGGCUCACCAUUAAAGAACGCUCACUCAGCCCUACUGCUUUCAAUGGACAGAAAAUUAUUGUAGAAAGAGGACGCUCAUUGUCUCUCCCUUGUGAGGUGACCUCAGUCCAGCCCAGUCAAACUAUGUGGUACCUGCCCAAAAACCAAAUUCUUCUUCCCACACAACAGACGAGACGGGCAGAAGUAACAGAAAAUGGGACUUUGGUGGUAAGGAAGUUGACACAAGAUGAUGCAGGGGAAUAUAGCUGUUUGGCCUCAAAUCUGUAUGGAGUUGACAUGCUAUCACACAUAGUAGAAGUCACAGGGGAAAAGGCCUCUGAAAAGUCCAAAGUAAAGGAAGAGAGAGAGCAGCCCAUCUUACCAGUUCAUGCAGAGGAAGGGGAGGGUUCAGGGGGAGAUUACCAAGAAAUUAUACGUCCUUUUGCAACGCAGUUCCCUAAGAGUGUAGGAACACAACAAAGGAAUCCUAAUGGAGUUUCAAAAAGGAUAAGAAUGAAAGAUUUGAAGAGAAAACCUAAUAAAUCUGUUAAGGAAUUAGAUCCAAACCGCUGGGCAGAGAUAUUAGCCAAAGUUAAUGCUAAGCCAAGUGGUGCGCUGCCUACAGAGCAGUCACUACCAGAGCCCAGCACUGUAACUGUCCAACCAAGUCCGUCCAGACCUGCAACUACAACUGCCACCCCUACAACUGCUAGCAAUUUCCCAUAUACUACUCUUCCUGAUAAUGGGAUACAGCCAGAAGAAUUUCCCAUCACCACAAGAGCAAAGAUUGAAACUCAUUCAACAGAGAAGAAAGGGGAUAAACAUAAGGAGUCUGAAACAUUGAAAACACAACCAAAGGUUUUACAGCCUCCACCUCCUAGAAGCACAGAAUCAUCCCUACACCGUGUUGGUGGGAUCACAGAAAAAUCUGAAACUAUUACAGACUCUCCUGUUGCUCGAACCCCUCAGCCAGUUGAACAGGCAGAAAAUAAGCACUCUGGAGAGGGGAGACGAAACUCCAGCUUUGUUCCCGGUCGGCCAAACAGGAGAAGGCCGCCUUAUAGACGAAGAAGACCACCAAUGAGAAGAGUCCAUCCGCACCUAAACCCAUUCUACCAUUCAUCAAACAAGCCCAAAACAACUGUGCCCCCACCAACAACUACCAUACCAACAACAACCACAACCACAACUACUACUACUACUACUACUACUACUACAACUACCACCACUACUACAACAACAACACCUGCUCCAACCACAGCCACAACUGCUGACUAUGAGACAGAUGAAGAUGAAGGUGAAUUUUAUGAAGAAUAUAAUUACAAAGAUAGUGAUAGUGUGGAUGAAACAGAAGAAUCAAACACUGAAACCCCUGAUACCACUCGUGAUCUUGACAGUAGUCUCACCACAUUCCCAUCAGUUAGAGAAAAAGAUACCCAUGUAGGUAGUUCUGUAGAUAAAUAUAAUUUACCUAAUCCAAACACAAUUGUUACUCCAAAGCUACAAAGUACCCCUCAUACAACUGAAUGGACUGAUGAGGAAAAGGACACAGAGACUGUAUACCUAAACAAAUUAGAGAGACAGAAGGUGGAGAUUAGAAAACAAACUGAAGAAAAGGGCAGAGAUAAUAAAAAUCUUGCAGAAGAGAGUGAGAGUGAGGUUAUAACAGCAAUGGAGGGGCAAAAAACCCACAAACUAGACACAGAGGGCAAUGAAAGAGAAACAGAAAAAUCUAAAAAGGAGUGGGUUACACAGAGCUACAAUUCAAGGGAUAGCAUCCGGUUAACAACCCAAAAUAGACCAAGACCUAAAACUCGACCUUCAAUGGAACAAAAUACACCAACCCAAACAAAAAUCUCAUCUUCCAAACCUGAGAUCCACAGUUUCCCCAUUAUAGAGCCAGUUCAUCCCUGGCUCCACCAGUACAACCAGGAAAGAGAGCGAACCACCUCUUCCAAGAUAUCCCAAACACACCAAGACAGAAACACUGGAAAACAGAGUAAAGUGAAUCCAGACCGGCAUUCCCAACUUCCUCGCGUACCCCCAACCUCCCGCUGGCCUGCACAUCAUCAUCAUCAUCAUCAUCAUCCUUACAAUCCCCUUUACCCUUCCUGGCCAGGUCAAAGAACAUUUCCUAAUUCCAGGCAUGGUACUGGGUCACACCUUGUGCCCACGCAUCGACCACGGCCUUUGCCUCACCCCUGGGUUCACAGUCAAGUUGUCACCAACAGACCAGAAAUAACAGCUGAAACAGUGAAGCCCACACCUACAGUUUCUGGACCAUCUGGAAACUCUAGAUUGACAAUCUCUAGUCCCCACCCCAGGCAUAAUUUCCAUCAAAAUCAUCACGUUGAUAGCAGGACCCAAACCAGAGAUCAACUGUUUCUAUCAAGGCUGCGGAACAGAUACAGACAGGCACAGCUCGAUCGCAUUGCUCAGCUAGGGAGGAUGGUGACGCCCAAACCUCGCAUUAGCAACCACAAUCCUUCAUUCCCUAUCACACCGAAACCCAGCCCUCCAUCCCGACAGAGACCGUACACCCCCAAACCACUAGUACCCGCUGCUUCCUACACCCUGCAACCUCUAAACCCUGCUAAACCUUCAUCAUCCUCAUUUGCUGGUUUCAUCCCGACCCCUCGUCCUCAGAACCCCACCGCCCCAGGGAAUGGAGGACGAAUCAGCUCUCAGGGUCCUACAGCUGCACCUCCUUUCCCAUGGGUAUUGGGAGCUGGGGGUGGUAGGGUGAAGCCCCGCAUUACCACGGUAACCACAGCUAGUGUGUCUGUGCUGGCAGAGAGUGAUGUGGUUCUGCCUUGUAAAGCAACAGGGAAUCCUGAACCUAACAUUGCAUGGACCAAAGUCUCCACAGGUGCCACCAUCCCAGCUAACACCAAGCAUGGUCCUCGUUUUGAAGUCUUCAAGAAUGGAACUUUUGUAAUCAGAAAAGUCCAGCUUCAGGAUAGAGGCCAGUACCUCUGCGCGGCCCAGAACAGGUUGGGAUCAGAUCGCGUGGUGAUCACCUUAGCAGUCCAGACUGAGGCACCAAAGAUCCAACCUCCCAAGUCCACAGAAAUAGCAAUCUACUUAGGAAAAAGUCUGACACUUGACUGCCUUGCUUCUGGAAAACCACCAGCCCAAAUUUCCUGGAUUCUUCCAGACAGAACAUUUAUUCGUGAAAUCGGAACUGUUCACACCCUCCUCUCUCCAAUGUCUCUGCUUCAAAAUGGAACCCUGCACAUGCAUUCUGCCAAUUUCUCGAGUAAAGGGGACUACAAAUGUAUCGCAAGCAAUGCAGCAGGUGCUGAUACAAUUACUUAUCAUCUCCAUGUGGCAGCUUUGCCUCCAAGCAUCAGUGAAGGAGCAAUGGAUGCUGUGACCAUUCAGCCAGGCAGGAGUGUAUACGUCCAUUGCUCUGCAAAGGGUGAACCGGUGCCGGCUCUGAAAUGGAUACUGCCAGCUGGUGUCCAUGUGAAGCCAUCACAGUUUCUGGGACGCCGGCUCUUUGUCUUCCCGAACGGGACACUUUAUGUGAAAAAUGUUUCACCAGCUGAUGCAGGGGGGUACGAGUGUGUAGCCACUAACACUGUAGGCAUUGCCAAAAGAACUGUCCAGCUGGAGGUGAAGACAGAUUCCCUGUCCCUCACCCAUCAGCCUCCUCCUCUUCCCAUCCCUCCAACCCAGCGCCAUGCUGUGCCAUCCCGUAAGCAUUCUGUCUCAGCUAUGUACGGUUCUGCUGUCUACCUCCACUGUCCAGAGUCUACUGGAUCCACAAGAGGGACCAUCUGGCAGUUACCCUCUAAUAUCAUCAUCGAACACCGAUACAGUCCAGAGAGACCUAUUAAAGUUUUCCGUAAUGGGACUCUGAGAAUACUUCAGCUAACGGAGCAGGAUGGUGGAAAUUAUCUGUGCGUCUUUCAGCGGCCUAAUGGGGAGGACAUGGAGCUUUUCCAGGUGGAGGUGUUAAUGACACCUCCCAGAAUUGAACAUGUGAGGACUGCACAGACCAGGGUCACCUUUGGGGAACAUUUUCAGGUUGAUUGUGUUGCAACAGGCCUCCCAGAUCCAGAAGUUUCUUGGAGUCUCCCGGAUGGAACCUUAAUCAACAAUGCCCUUCAGUCUGAUGACAGUGGUCUUCGCAACCGUCGCUAUGUUAUUUUUGGCAAUGGAACUUUACUUCUCCAACAGAUGGGCAAAAAAGACGAGGGUGACUACACUUGUUAUGCUAGAAACAAACUGGGCAAAGAUGAAAGAAAGUUGAGUGUCAAAGUGGAACCAAAUGCUCCACAAAUUAAAUUAAAAUUACAAUCACUGGUCACAGUGAAACUGGGAGCAUUGGGUAAAUUGAAUUGUCAAGCAACUGGGGAACCUACACCAAGAAUCAUGUGGAUAUCACCCCGAAAUGAUGUGAUACCAACAUCAUCAGACAAAUUUCAGAUUAUGGACACUGGGAUGUUAGUUGUAAAGAAAGUGACACUUGCUGAUGAAGGAAAAUACGUGUGUGUGGCACGAAAUUCUGCAGGUGAUGAUGUUAAAAACAUGAAACUUGAGGUUGAACCUCAGGAACCCUUUAUCAAUGGAAUAAAAGGGAGGAGCACCACAAAGAUUUGGGGGAUAUCCUACCAAACAGCUCUUUUGGACUGCAGGGUGGAAGGGAAACCUGAACCAAGAGUUUGGUGGCUUACUCCUUAUGGCCACUCACUCCAGACACCCUAUCUUGGCGGUCGCUUCCAAGUCCACCGAAAUGGGAGUUUGGAGGUGAGAGGGGUGAGGAAAACAGAUGAAGGGAGGUACACGUGUCUGGCCAAAAACCAUCAGGGUGAAGCCUCACUUUUAGUUGAAUUAGCUGUGGCAUCCGUAGCUGAGAAACCAAGUUUUGCUGUUCCCAAUAUUGAAAUCUUACCAGUAAAGCAAGACGGUGGGGAUCUGAGCCUUGAGUGCCCUGCUCGCGGCAAGCCAAACCCAGAGUUUUCAUGGAUGCUACCGAAUGGGACAAUGUUAAUGCCUGGUGUUAGACUACAACGCUUCACCCAUCAUCUGGGUAAUGGGAUUCUACAGAUCUCUCAACCUGUUGCAAGUGAUAAGGGAGUGUACCGGUGUCUAGCAAAAAAUGUAGCAGGACAAGCGGAGAAACGUUAUGCACUGGAAGCGGGUAGGAAACCGGUGAUCAGAGGAUCCACAGGUGGGAUUAAGAUCACCUAUGGCCACAACAUCAAUUUACCUUGCACUGUGGACAGCUGGCCACAGGCAUCAAUCAUGUGGACCCUACCCAACGGCCUUGUUUUGGAUAAGCCUCAAACCAUUGGUCGAGUAUCUUUCCUCCCCAAUGGGACCCUCCAGCUCAGACAGGUAGCCACCUUUGACAAAGGGACAUAUAUCUGUAAAGCCUCCAACUCUUUUGGAUCGUCAACACUAUCCUAUCCACUUGCAGUCAUGGUUUUUCCACCACACAUCACCAGUACACUGACCUCCAUCACCAGAGUCAACAGAGGAUCACCAGUGACGUUAAAUUGUGUUGCGACCGGUACUCCCAAGCCGGAUAUUUCAUGGACGUUGCCUGGACGCACCACGCUGGUUCCACAUAACCGGUUCACAGUGCAGGGUGGGAUCCACAUGACAGAGGAGGGCAGUCUGGUAAUACAGAACCCCGUGCUCACAAACUCUGGCAUUUACAAAUGCAAUGCUAAAAACGCUCUUGGGACAGAUUUUAAAUCUACAUACCUACAAGUUGUCUGAGUGACAGUUACCACGCUUUAUUUUGAAUGAAGAAACUCUCACAGCAGAAAUCAAAGGCAGGAUGAG